GGGGUGUGGUUAUUGCAUUGCCAUUUGGAGCGCCAUCUCAUCUCGGGAAUGGACACUGUGUUCAUAGUAAAAGAUGGUGUAGCCCUGGGGGAAAAGCUGCUGCCUCCACCUCCUCAUAUGCCUCCAUGUUAAAUCCUAAUUGAAAGCACACUCGGAUCCAGAUUUGUUCUUGAGACAAAUUUGUUAUGGAUUCCUCGGUUUUAUCUAUGCGAUGCUACAUUGUGUCUUUUUCAAAAAAAUAAAAAUAAAAAAUAGUACAUUGUGUGUAUUAUAUAUUGAAAAAAGAAAUGUUUGUAUUCGAUGUUGACCGUGAAAGUUUUAAAAAAAUAAUAUUUGAAGAAUAAUUCCUAUUA